CAGACGAUUUCUAUUAGCUGCCAAGUGAAACGGUUAGCCGUAACAUCGCUUUUGGAAAAUCAGAAACCUAGAUGAACCGAUACCUUUGAAAAUCAAGCACGCAUUUUGUUUGAGACUACGCUUACUGCACCAUACUCUUCAGUAUUCAUCAUGGGCGAGGUGGAGUUGUCCUGUCGGGCUUAUGUGAAGAUGUACCUGCACGCUUGUCUGUUUCCACGGUGCAGCAUCAACGGGCUGCUGUUGUCGUCCAGCCCGACAGGCGGCGCUGUGUGUGUGACAGACUGCGUACCGCUGCUUCACUCGCACCUGCCCCUGGCUCCCAUCACUCAGCUGGCCCUCACACAGGUGGACGUGUGGUGUUCACAGACUCAGCAGAGGAUUGUGGGAUACUAUCAAGCCAACGCCUGCGUAUCAGAUAGCAGCCCGACACCGUGUGCGCUGAAGAUAGCCGAUAAGAUUUCUGAGCAGUUUGACAACGCAGUUUUGUUAAUGCUUGAUGGCACUAAGAUGUCUCCAGACUACCGGGUUCCUCCCAUCGUGAUGUACGAGCGCAAAGAUUCAAGAUGGGUGCUCAAAGACAAACACACGAUAAUGCUGAGACAGUGGGAGGAGACCCGGGCGAUAGCCACUCAGAUGCUGGAGUCCGGCGAUCACACGCUAUUGGUGGAUUUUGACAGCCACUUGGACGACAUUACGAAGGACUGGACCAAUCAGAAACUUAACACCAAGAUAGCGGAGCUGGCGUCGCCGGCCAAUGGGAGCAUGUAGGCCGAGACGUAGCAUCAGUUUGUUUACGUUCUGACCCAGCGUCGUCAAUCCUGUACAAAAAAACCAACCACACGCUCCUGGAAUACGUUUAAUGCUUCUUCUCCAGUGAACAGGGACAUAACAUAGAACAUGCAUAAAUAACAAAAUAUUUACAGUUUGGUAGAACUCAGCACCUCCCCCGCCUCCCCCACCUCCCCCACCUCCCCUCGCAGUGUGCCUUGUGGUUCAGCUCAACACUCUGCAGAUGCACCUGUGCUGUUUCUGGUCCUGCUUUGUCCUUUGCUGCUGUAUUACUGUUAUUCAACAAGUUCCAAUGGGUGGACAAAAUAACAGAAACACCUUACAGCACAAAAAUCCCGCAGUAAAUACAAAUGUGUUGAAGCUCAGAAGGUUCGGUUUCUUUUUGUUUGAUACAGAUGAUAGUUUGUGUUGUUCAGAAGACGCAGCUUUCGAUUGAACAUUCAGUGAAUUGAUCCCUUUCCAGCAUCAUGCUAGAAGCCAGAAAAGACUCUACAAUAGGAAGUAAUAAUUGAGGAUUUAUAAGCAUAAUAUAAACAUGCAUCCAACUACAUUAGAAUGUGUUCUAAGCAAUUUAUUUAAUGUUAAUAUAGUGUUAGUUGAUCCUACGUAUGUUGCCUUGAAAGCCUCAGUGUUUGCUUGUGUUGCUGCCUUUUCUAAUUUGCAGUAUUUCCUGCCUGAAUUGCUGCUGCAUUAGCGGCAAACUUGACAAAACCGAUGUUAUUUGUCAAGAGGAAAUGUCGUAUAAAUCAUGUCAACUUGGGCCAAAAACAGUUAGCUGCUUAAAGGAAUGAGGAACGGUGCCACACACCCGGUUCACGACACGCCAAACUGCCACCUUUAAAAAUGCCUCAACAAAACCCAAAUAUCCUGAGCUUCAGCUGAGUGUGUUUACUGCAGGGCGUUCUCUCUCACUGAGGGGUCGAGCUAAUCUGGGUUCACUGCUGUACGUGAGAUUCUCACAUUUUAACCCGACAGAUGAUUUCUAACAGUGCCGCAGUGGAGGAGGCUGGGUUUGUGUCCUGUCAUGGUCCUGACUGAGCUCUGCUGCAAAACUCGAGGCUCAUCAAGACAAGCCGACCACCAGCACACACCUGUAAACAUAACUGUUCAAUGAGCUGGACACGAAAAAUGACGUCACGUAGGUUAACAAGCCUUAUGUUUUAAAAAGUGAUGCAUAUUACUGUGAGAUACAUCUUUGCUCACUACAGCGACUACUCUACUGAACUAUGGGUUUCUACUGCAGCAGUUUCUAUGGCGCUGUAGUACAAGCAUAUAGUCAUCAGUUGCUGAGAGCAGUGGUUCCCAACCUGUUUACUGACCCCGUAAAACAAAGUCCUUUUGAGCCUGUGACCAGUUCAUCCAACUGUUUUCCUUGUCCUUGCUGUAUUUGAAUACUUGUUAAAAAUCCUAAAACCCAUUAAAAUUAUCCAAGAAUCCACGACAAGAGUUCGUUUGCAGAGCAGACGAGUUUUUUUUCUGCCUUCCUGUCCUGUUAAUCGUCUCCUCAGCCCCUCAGAUGUAACUAGCGACCCUUUCUGGGGGUCUCGUCCCACAGGUUGGGAACCUCUGGCUUACAGGAAAAGAGACAUGCAGCCAUGAGGACUGAGCUAGUUGAGUUUAUAUAAAAGGUUUUUUAAAAAGGUGAAAUAAUGGCAUUAAUUCUUCAGAUUGCUUGUGUUUUUCCUGACUUUUGGUCCCAAACCACGAGAUGAACUUACUGUCAUACAUGACAAAUAAAAAGUGCAGACUGAAGCAGGA